CAGCAGCUGUGUCACGGCGUCUGACGCCCCAAGCUUAUUUCAACUUCGACAAAAUAAAAAUAAAAAGAGAAACGGCCCCUUGCGCCUAUGCGCGCCACCCCCAAAAAUUAAACACAUACUUCUUCUUUCAUUUCAAACACCAAUUUCGUCAUUCGUCAUUCAAUCACAAAACUUCACUUAUCACCCCAUUCACCCUUAUCUAAAAUAACAUCUCCUCUCCUCUCCUCCCUUGCCUAUUCUUAAACAUAUCCCAACCUAUCAACUCCCCAUCACUUACCCCAAAAUGACAUCCCGUCCACGUCGUGCAGCCGCCCAGAGGGCAAACACGGCUAUAACUGACAUGGUCGAUAGCGACAAUCAUAUCAAUAGUCGUACGGGCAGAACAAUGUCCUCCAGGACUUCUCGCCGAUCUGAGGGUAAGAGUGCCGCAGCAUCUGACUUGCGCGGUCCUCCUUCCGAACCCUCAGAUUCUAACCAGCAUAUCCAUUUUACAGUUAAGCUUCCAGCAAGCAAGCUUCGCCAGGCCACUUCUAGCCGCCAGCAACCUUCAACCCCUAGAGCCGGGGAUGGAAAGCGGAAUCGUUCUCAGAAGAAGAGCUACGUUGUCGAUUCUAGCGAUGAAGAAGACGAAGACGAGGCAGAGGACGAAGUUCAAGUUGAAGAGGAUGACGACGACGAUGAUGACGACGACGACGAAGAUGCCGAGGGAGAAGAUGACGACAUGGCGGAUGAAGACGCCGAAGGCGAAAUCGUUGUCGACGACACCAUGGACAUCGAUGCCGAAGGAGACGACGAUGAUCUCGGUGAAGAAGAUGCCGAAGGCGAAGACGACGACAUGGAUGUAGACCCCAUCCCCCCUCCAGCACCUGUAAUCAAAGUCUCAAAGCCUCAAGCUAAGAGCACCCCUACCGGCAAGUCAAGGGCCCCUACUAAAUCUAAUUUGAAGGCUGCGACCUCUCAAGCGAGGGACAGCGACGACGAUGAGGAACUUAGUGAACUUGAAAGCGAUGCCGACGAAAUUCAGGAUACUGUUAAAGUAGGAGGGGGCGGCGACGAAGAUGCCGAAGGGGAGGAUGAGGAAAUCGAGGCAACUAAUAUCGCCGAGGAUGACGAAGACGACGACGCUGAUAGUGACGGCGGCGCCGAAACCCCUGAUCUCACACGAAUGACCAAACGACAGCGUGCCCGCUUUGAGGAAAAUGGAGAUUCACUGAUGAAGCUCUCCGACGAAGUACAAGCAAAGAAGCAUUUCACAGCCGAGGAACUCUCUAUGCGCCGCGCCGAGAUGGCCCGCCGACGCCGUAAUUUGAGUGAGAAGCGAAACGAGGAAGUCAAGAUGGAGACUAUAAAUAAGCUACUUAAAAAACAGGCCCCCAAGACUAACCGCAAGUCUCAACUUGCUGGAGAGCUGACUCCUGAUGCCGAAUCUCGGAAACCUAAUCCGGUGUUUGUCAGAUGGGUUAGCAGCAAAGACGGUAGUCGAGUCGGUGUUCCUGAUGAGAUGCUUUCUGGAUCAUCCGGUAGAGUUUUCGUUCCCGGUGGCCUUGGGCGUGGGAAGAUGGUAGAGGAAGUCUCGUAGAACGAAGAGGAUCACGAUCUUGAUUCUUAAUUCUUGACCGAUAUAACUAUUCUCGGUUUUCCGGUUAUUUCUUCCAAAUCGACGGACGUCACAAUUAUUUCGUCGAUAAUAUCUUCUAAAUUGCAUUUAAUGAGUGCGUGCGUGUAUUAUAGAUUCGUCAUAUUUCUUCAAUCCUGGCGAAAUUGGGGCAGCAUAUUAUUGUAUUGGGAUUAGAGCUUAAGCUUAGAAAAUAGCAAGGGCGGCGAUUUAAUAGAACGGUGCUUUAACAACAGUAUUGUGU